UCUAAAGGGAUUCUUAUGAUUGACAUGCAUACAGCAACUAACUGUUCAACUGAUUACAGAUCAGAAAAAGGAUGCUGCCCGAAGCUGGUGGUGUCACACCUAAAUAUGACUCGAAGUAAAUAAUGCGGAACCUUCGUGCGUAGUCAAUAAUUUCUCUACGGACAAAAAUAUAGCGUCACAACAAAACGAUCGUUACAAGUGUCGUUACAGUUUUUUCUUCAUUCAUCGUCAGUAAUGUCGGAGUUGACUCAAUAAAGUGCUUAGAUUAGUUAUGCACCGGUACAUUUAUCUGGUUUUUGAUAUUCACAUUGUUUUGCGUGCGUUUCGGCCUCUAACAUGGGAGUGCAUGGACUCUGGAGGCUGCUGGAGAGUACAGGGAAACCCGUCAACCCCGAGACUCUGGAGGGGAAGAUCCUGGCCGUUGACAUCAGCAUAUGGCUGAACCAGGCCGUGAAGGGGGUGAGGGACCGUGAAGGCAACAGCGUCCAGAACGCGCACCUGCUCACUCUCUUCCACCGCGUCUGUAAGCUGCUCUUCUUCCGCAUCAGGCCGAUCUUCGUGUUCGACGGGGACGCGCCGCUGCUGAAGAAACAGACAUUGGCUGUGAGGAGGCAGAGGAAGGAGGACUUGAGCCGGGAGUCCAAACAGACCAACGAGAAACUCCUGAAGACAUUUCUGAAGAGACAGGCUAUCAAAGCUGCACUUGGGGACCACAGUAAGGAUCCUCUGCCCAGCCUCUCCACUGUGAGGAGAGAUGAGGUUGACGACAUCUAUGUUCUACCAGCCCUGCCAGCUGCAGAGGAGAAGGCCAAAAGCAGUUCAGAGGAGGAGGAGGAAGAGAGAGAGUUGGAGGAGACGGAUGACGGUUAUCACAUGUAUCAGGGUGAAUUGUAUGAAGACCCCAACUCAGUGGACAUCAACUCAGAGGAGUUUGCCAGCCUGCCUCCUGAAAUGAAACACGAGAUACUCAAAGACAUGAAAGAGUUUUCCAAAAGACGCAGGACCAUGUACCACAAACCCCCAGAGUGUUCAGGAGACUUUUCCCAGUACCAGUUGGCCGGCCUGCUGCAGAGGAACCAGCUGAACCAGCGGCUGAAGAGUGUGGAGAAAGAGAUGAGUCAGCGGAGCGCCGGCAGCAGUCUACAGCUCUGCCAACAGGACGGGGACGAGCACAGCGUCGAGUCACGCCGGCUGGUUUCAGAGGACUAUUCCCACUAUAUCCUUAUUAAUAAAGGCUCCAAAAAGAGUGAGGCUGCCCCUGAGAGCCGUCCGGCAGCUGCCGCCUGGUCCGGGGGCUCCCUGGCAGGCGGCACCAGACGAGACAGACCCGAGCCCCUGUGGCGUCCUGCCUGUGAGGGAAAGGCAGAAGUGCCGGGUCCCUCUUCAGAACACUCCAAACCCUCGGUGUCGAAACCGACUCGGGGCGACGCAUCACCACCCUCGCCUCGGACACUUAAAGCGAUCCGGGCUGCAAUGAACGACAGCUCGGAGGAGGAGACGCUGGAUCGGGAAAAGAAGGAUGGUAGCGUGUCCCCACGUACCCUGCUGGCCAUCCAACAAGCUCUCGCUGAGGACGAAGACGGCCCAACCACCAAAAUGCAGGCCAAUAUUCCCCAUCCUGUGCCACAAGUGGUCAUCAGCAGCUCAGAGGAAGAGAGAGAUCCUGAUGGUGUGAACUCUCUGCCUCAUGAAAAAUCUGAUUUUAAGGGGAACUCUGCAGUCCAACGUUUACACGCGGAAGAUGGUUUGUUCGCUAGUAGUUCCGAAGAUGAGACGGAGGCCACGGUGGGUCGGAGAAAUGAAGCACUUCGCUUUGCGGCGCCGCAAAACACUCCGAUGAAGUCAGAAACGGAGGCAAAGAAAAGAGAGUUGGCGGAGGACAUAAGGCUGGGAAAUAGAGGACAGACGGAGAAACAAGAAGAGCUGAUCACAAAGACGAACGCUGUUGCUGCUUUCAAUCGAAAGACAUUAUCCACCAAUCGCUCUUCUCAGGCAUGUGGGGAGACUGAAAUGCAUCCUGGGCCGUUGAAGCAGAGGAGCGACGAGGUGAUCGAAGCUCUGGAGGAGAGGAACGGAGACGAUGGGAAGUCAGAGGGCGGUGAGAAGAGCGAGUCUGGAGAGAGCUUCAUCGAGGUGUCGGACGAAGAAUUUAUAGAGGAGGGUGCAGAGGAUUCACUUGUAAUGGUUGGGAUGAAAGGAUCUCCCAGUGAGGGCCGUAAAGAGGAGAACAAGCAGGAAGAAAAAACAGAAGAUGGUUUGAAAAAUGCUCCUGGCAGUCCAGCUGCUGAUUCGGAGGAGGAGGAGGAGGAAGAUGAUGAUGAUGAUGAUGAUGAUGAAGAAGAAGACAAAAAGAGACAGACUGAAGAGAAAGAGUCAAAGGAGGGAACAGAGACAGAAUCCAGCUCAACUCCAGCGGUAAAUGAAUGGGAACACUUUGACAUGGAUGAGCUGGAGGCUCUGGAGAGCUCUCUGCAGGUGGAGCAGAGCAGCCUGCGGCAGCUGAAACAGCAGCAGGAGAGGAUGGCGAACACAGUCACUGGGCAGAUGCACCUGGAGAGCCAGGAGCUGCUGCGGCUGUUCGGCGUGCCGUUCAUGGUGGCGCCGAUGGAGGCCGAGGCUCAGUGCGCAUCACUGGACCGCGCUGACCACACCCACGGGACCAUCACGGACGACUCCGACGUGUGGCUGUUUGGAGGGAGACACGUCUACAGGAACUUCUUCAGCCAGAGCAAAUAUGUUGAACACUACCAGUUCAGUGACAUGCAGAACCAACUGGGUUUGGACCGGACUAAACUGAUCAACCUGGCUUACCUGCUGGGAAGUGACUACACAGAGGGCGUGCCGGGGGUCGGAUGUGUGACUGGCAUGGAGAUACUGAAUGAGUUCCCAGGGUCGGGCCUGGAGCCCCUCACACAAUUCAGGGAAUGGUGGUCAGAGGUUCAGGAGAAAAAGCGCCUGGUGGCCAACCCUCGGGAUACGAAGGUCAAGAAGAAAUUGAGAGACCUAAAACUGUAUCCUGGGUUCCCGAACCCUGCGGUGGCUCAGGCUUACCUGCAGCCUGCCGUGGACCAGACAGACAACGUCUUCAGCUGGGGGCGGCCACAACUCGACAUGAUCAAAGAAUUCUGCUUGAGUCGUUUCGGCUGGAGCAGUCAGAGGACAGAGGAGACUCUUCAGCCUGUGAUCAAGCAGCUCAGCAGCCAGCAGACUCAGCUGCGGAUCGACUCGUUCUUCCGCAUGGAGCAACAGGAAAAGCAGGCGAUUCGCAGCCAGCGACUGCUCAGAGCCGUCACCUGCUUGAAGAGGAAGGAGAGAAAAGGAGGAGAUGAGGAGGAGGAGGACAGUGACGAGGAAAGACCAUCCCCAUCCAAAACUAAGAAAGGAAAGGCAGCAAGCAAGAGUCCGAAGAAAGGAAAAGGAGGAGGAGGAGGAGGAGGAGAGAGAGAAGAGGAGAGGCCUGUGGCAGGAGGAGGGUUUCUGGGGUCGGAGGUGAUUGAUGAAUCUCCUCUUCCACCUCUGAAGGAUGUGAGCAGCACCAGCCAGGAGUCUGUCUCAGUGAAGGCCGCCCCCCCGUCUACUAAGGCUGUACCUCAGCGGGCCAAGAGGAGCAGCAGCAGCUCUAGUGAAGACAGCGGCGGUGGCGGGGAAGUUGCUAUGGUUACAGCCCGAUCCAUCUUCGACGGCAGCCAACGAGGCCGUGGAGCGAAAAGCACCCGAGGGAGAGGAAGCAAGAGAGGAAGAGGAAGGGGGAAGAAGUUGUGACUGGACUACAAACAAAAGCAGUUGUGUUGUGAAUCACAAAACUCCCAAAUAAUGUCUGUGAUAUUCUGUUUGAUAUUUAUAAAGGAAAUGGGGAAAUGAAUAAUGUAAUGAAUUGAGCUUUCGUCUGUAUUAUAUGUAUUUUUUUUCAACUAUUGACAUGACUGAAAAUACUUUUUCAUAUGUUUAGAGAUUUUUGAUCUG